GUGUCCCUGUCCCUGAAGGGGUUUAAAAACCGGGCAGAUGAGGUUCAGGGGUGUGGUUCAGUUGUGGGCAGUGACGGUUGGACUCAAAAGAUCUCAAAGGUCUUUUCCAACCAAACGAUUCUGUGAAUUCAUGAUGAAAUUUCAGUGCCUAUGGGAAAACUGGGGAGGGGCUCUGGAUCAGGGAGGGCAGGGAUGGGACGAGGGGAAUGGUUUUCUGCUGCAAGAGGGGAGAUUGAGAUGAGAUCUCAGGGAGAAAUGUUUUGCUGUUCAGGUGGGGAGGCCCUGGCCCAGGUUGCCCAGAGCAGUGGUGGCUGCCCCAUCCCUGGAGGGGUUCCAGGCCAGGUUGGAUGGGGCUUGGAGCCCCUGAUCCAGUGGGAGGUGCCCCUGCCCAUGGCAGGGGGUGGGUCUGGAUGGGCUGUGAGGUCCCUUCCCACCCGCCUUGCAGGCGCUGAGGACACGAAAAGGGCGGGAAGCGACGUUGGGGGCGUGGCUUCGGACGGAGGGGCGUGCUCUCGCGUCGUCGGCCCGCGCGGAGUAAUGACGUCACUGGGCGCGCCGCUGUCCGCGCGGCUCCGCGCGGUGUCCGGUGCGCGGUGUGUGCUCCGCUGCUUCCCCAUGGCCGAACCCGCCCCCAAGAAACGGCGCCUGGCGGGCGGCGAGCGCUUCGUGCCGCCCCCGCGGAAGCUGAACGCGGGGGUGAGCUUCGGCGCCGAGCAUUUCGCCGAGACCUCCUACUACUUCGAGCGUGGGCUGCGCAAGGUGCGCCCCUACUACUUCGAUUUCCGCACCUACUGCAAGGGCCGCUGGGUCGGCCGCAGCCUCGGGCACGUCUUUAGCACCGAGUUCCGAGCGCAGCCCAUCGCCUACUACCGCGCCGCAGCCCGAGCCGGCCGCCUGCGCCUCAACGAGGAGCCCGUGCGGGACCUGGAGGUCGUUCUCAAGAAUAAUGACUUCCUCAGGAACACGGUGCAUCGCCACGAGCCGCCAGUCACCGCCCAGCCUAUCCAGAUCUUGGUGGAGGACGAUGAGGUGGUGGUUGUGGACAAACCCUCCUCCCUGCCAGUGCAUCCCUGUGGCAGGUUUCGGCACAACACGGUUAUCUUCAUCCUGGGUAAAGAGCACAACCUGAAAGAGUUGCACACCAUCCACCGCCUGGAUCGCAUGACCUCAGGAGUGCUGAUGUUUGCCAAGACCGUAGAGGUGUCCAAGAGGAUCGACGAGCAGGUUCGGGAAAGGCAGCUGGAAAAGGAAUACGUCUGCCGUGUGGUGGGGGAGUUCCCGGAGCAUGAGGUGGUCUGCGAAGAGCCCAUCCUGGUGGUUUCCUACAAAGUAGGAGUGUGCCGUGUGGAUCCCAAAGGGAAACCCUGCAAAACCAUCUUCCAGAGGCUCAGUUACAAUGGCAAAAGCAGCGUGGUCAAGUGUCUGCCGCGUACGGGCCGCACGCACCAGAUCCGGGUCCAUCUCCAGUAUCUGGGACAUCCCAUUGUCAAUGAUCCCAUCUAUAACAUGGAAGCGUGGGGCCCCGACAAGGGAAAAGGGGGCAAGAUCGAUAAAACAGAUGAGGAACUCCUGAAAGCACUGGUAGAGGAGCAUCGUUCCAAACAAAGCCUGGAUGUCUUGGGUAUUGUGGAGGAGGACUUGAACUCCAGUGCUGAAAACAAAGACCGUGGUGAUUCCAGUGACUGCACCUCUGCACAGGCUGAUCCAGGAAAUGAGAGUUCCUGUCCUGCCAAGGAAACUGUGGAACCCGGGAGGGACACUGGAGAUCCCAAGGGAAAUGACAUAGGAGCUUGUCUGCUGAACUCUGAUACCAACAUGGAAACACUUGAACACAGUAAAGAACUUGGUUUGUGUGAGGAUCAGAGCGCGGAAAUGGAAGAGAAGAGCUCGGGAGGGCAGAGCUCGGAGGAGAAGAGCUCGGGAGGGCAGAGCUCGGAGGAGAAGGACCCUUUAUGCAUGGAGUGUAAAAUUAGCAGGCGGGACCCGUCUCCCAAGGAGCUGGUGAUGUUCCUCCAUGCCCUGCGCUACAAGGGAGUGGGGUUCGAGUACUGCUCCAAGAUGCCCGAGUGGGCAAUGGAAGACUGGGAGGAGGAUGAGGACACCUGACCCCUACGGACACUGCUGGCCUGAAAAGCAUCUUGUGGAGACCCGAGAUGGGCUUUGUCAGUGUGGCUGAGGUGAACAGGCUGCCCGGGGCUUGAGGUGGGGUGGGAUUGCUGGGCUGGAGGCCUGUCCCAGAGAUUCUUUUGCUGUUUAGUGAACUUCAGGACAACAACCAUCGCUCACACAGGCGUCUUUGCCUGUUCUGGGUCUGCUGUUGAUUGUCCCCACGGGUAAUUAAGCGCGCUCAUAAAGCCAGCGCCUGACCUUCUGGCCCGCUGUGUGAAGUUCUUGUACCUUACCAUAAGAGCUGCGGGGGUGCCGUUCGCUGUGCUGGGUGCCACACACACAACUCUUCUGCCUCUGCGUUGUUGUCAGGCUGAUUUCAAACCUCAACAUUGCCACUGCAGACGCUGCUGGGGGCAAUCUGGGCACAGUGUUGCCGGUCUGUUUGCUGCUCUCUGCUUGUCGGCAAAGCAAGCUUGGCUUUGAAAUUGCCCUGUCGGAAUUGGUUCAAUUAAUUACUUAAUUUAAAGUUAGGAACUCUAGGGACACAUCAUAAAAUGGGUUGGGUUGGAAGGGACCUUAAAGAUCACCUGGUUGCAAUCCAGCCUCUUCAUGCUGGGCCUGAUUCUGGAGGUCCUGCUGCCCAGGUUUUGUGUUUAUGGGAUUUAUGAGGGAGGUGAUGGAGCAGAUUUUUGCCUCUUGUGCUGCCUCCUCUGUACCUUGCGCAUCCCCAGAACCUCUGGCUUCUCUUUGGAGAACCUCCUGACCUCUAACCCUUGUGCCUCACUGGAGAUGGCUUUGUACUUCAGCAGGAACCCAAAGCCAAAGUUGCUUUCCUUCUGUUGGUUACGUUUACUUCCAGCUGUGCUGUGGGCGGGUCGGUUCCAAUUUGUGUGGAAUUGUUUUUAAUUGGCCAAUCCUGUGAUGAUUGGCUCUAAAGAAAAACUAAAGCUCUUCUAUCAACCAUGAGAGUUUUAAAGCACAUUUUAUAUCACUGAGUUCCCAGGUGCAGAUCCAGGGCAGGAUCCCCUCCCUCUCUGCUGGUCCCACUGCUCUGGAUGCAGUCGAGGACACGGGAGGGCACGUUGUGGCUCCUGUGGAGCUUCUCCUCCCCAGUGCCCCCAGUCCUUCUCCCAGGGCUGCUCCCACUCCAUUCUCUGCCCAGUCCAUGAAAACAUUAACCAGCCCUGGUCCCAGAAAGUAACAAGUUCCUGAUGGCAACACUGGGAAUGAGCUCGCCAAGGCUGUCGGUCCAGCGGAACCGGCAGCGAGGGGUCAGUUCCCCGUGGAAAUGGGAUUAGAAAAAGCAGCAACAAAAAAAAAAAUAUUUAUUGAAGACACUGGAGGCAAAAGGACUAUUUGCCGACGAGGAUGGGAUUCGAACCCACGCGUGCAGAGCACAAUGGAUUAGCAGUCCAUCGCCUUAACCACUCGGCCACCUCGUCGCGAUGGCGCUACGGUAGGCAGAGCACAUAAGAUAGUAACGAAAGCGCCCCCUGCUGCUCUGUACUGUGUGCGGGACGGGGCAGGCGGAACAAGGGACAGGCGGCAUCCCCCGGACCCACACUGCCACCAGCGCUGGUUAACGUCUUCAUCAACGACACGGACAGUCAGAGCACAGAAUCGUUUAGUUGCAACAGAUCUUUGAGAUCAUCGAGGCUAAACAUCCCCGUCACUACCGAACCAUCCCUGAGCACCUCAUCUGCCCGGCUUGUAAAUCCCUCGGAGCUCGCAGUCCAGAAUCCUCACUGUGGAUACAGAUUAGGAGAUAAAGAGGUGGGAGCAGCCCGGGGAGAUGGGCUGGGGAAGGAGAAGCUCCACAGGAGCCACAACGAGUCCUCCCAGCCCAGAAACCACCCGUGUCCUGGGCUGCAUCCAGAUCAGUGGGACCAGCAGGGAGGGAGGGGAUCCUGCCCCUCUGCUCCGCUCUGAGAGACCCACCUGGAGCCCUGUGUCCAGCUCUGGAGUCCUCAGCACAGGGAGCACAUGGAGAUGAUCCGAGGGCUGAGCAGCUCCUGUCCGAGGCCAGGCUGGGAGAGUUGGGGCUGUUCAGCCUGGAGAAGGGAAGGCUGU